AUGUUUCGAAGACAACUGUUACAGUCUAGCCGUGCUGUCACGCAGAGGAUAACACAAAUACCCCGAACACAACAGAUAACAUCAUCGCCGUUCUCAUCUCUCAGCUCAAGAUCAGCUCGAAUCGCACAACCUGCACCAUCAUCACAGACCUGGUCGCGGAGAUGGCAGUCGACAGAAGCCGCCAAGUCAGAAGAGUCGAAAGACAGCAGCGACACACAAGCAGCACCCCAAUCAUCAGAUGAGGUAGCAGCAUUAAAACAAGAGAUAGAAAAGAAGAACAAGGAAGUAAUAGACAUGAAGGACAAAUACCUCCGCAGCGUCGCCGAAUACCGCAACCUCCAAGACCGCACCCAACGCGACAGCGCCAACGCCCGCAACUUCGCCAUCCAAAAAUUCGCAACCGACAUCCUCGACAGCAUUGAUAACCUCGACCGCGCCCUGGGCUCUGUCCCCGAAGCCGCCGUCUCCUCAGACGGUAACCCCGACCUCCUAAACCUCUACAACGGCCUCCGCAUGACGGAGAAGAUCCUCAUGCAAACGCUCGAAAAGCACGGGUUGAGUAAAUACGACCCGUUGGAGAGAGAAGGAAAGAAAUUCGAUCCGAAUUUGGACGAGGCAACGUUUUUUGCGAAGCAGGAGGGACGGAAUGAUGGAGAGGUGUUUUAUACGCAGCAGAAGGGGUAUACGUUGAAUAAGAGGGUGAUUCGGGCGAGUAAGGUGGGAGUUGUUAAGAAUUCGUGA